GGUUCAUACCCCUGAAGGAAGCCAGAGUGAAGCCUCUGUGGAACUGUUUACAGUGAAACUGAGACUCACCACAAACAGAUGAAGAGUACAGACGGAGGGUCAUGUGACAGGAGUUGACUUUCCAUCUCUCACGGUGCCUGUAAUGUUUAAUGUGUGUUAGGUUUUCAGAUGAAUGUACUUAGUGGUUCAUGUGUUUGUUUGAGGGACCAUACAUGUUUUUAUUCACAUUAAGUUUACAGAUAAGGUCUCAUUGUUGUGUGACGUCAGAGAAGCUGCUGAUUCAGAUAUUUAAAUGCUGUUAUAUUCUCAUAUCAGACAUGUUAUAGAUUUAGCACCCUGCUCAUGUUGUUAGAGUAGGAGGAGAAGAAAAGCACACAGGACUGUAUCCUCAUGUGGACCUGGUCUCUGCAGAUCCAAAGUCGACAUCCAAACAAACAAUCAGCUUUGCAAACAUGCUCUCUGAGCUUCUGUGGUGCGUUUGAGUGCAGGUUUAUAGAAUCUGGCAAAAGUUCAUUUCAGUCUCCUUCCUUAUGAAAACUGUUUGCAGAGACAGAUCUUUGAGCCCUGUCUUUGUUCCUCAUGACUUCUGUGUAAGUAUCCGUGUCUUGCGACUUCCUCCUGAAGAGAGAAGCUUUCCAAGAGCUCGGUUUGGAGUCAAUAGACCUGAGUCAGCAGCAGAGAUGGUUGCCAGACGACCUCUGUGAUUUAAAGGUCAGUGUCCUUACUCAAAUGUUUAGAAAGGUGUGCGUGAUCAGCCAGACAGUACACACUCUUUCCGCUCUCCUGGAUGUCGACUGAUCUGCUGCCAUCAUGAACCUGAAGAUCUUAUUCUUCUGCCUCCUCUUCGCUGUGCUUCUCCUCCCAGCUGAACUGAAACCUAAAAAGCACAAGAAACAUCACCGCCAUCGUGACGAGCAUCAAGACCACGACCAUCAUGGAAUCAGGCAUAAACACGGGAAGAAGAGAGCCAAUUUUAAGAGCAUCAUCGAAGACUUCUUCUUCGUGAUCGUUGAUGGAGCUAACGCCGAUGAUGAGGAUGAUGACGAUCAAAGUGAAUGGCUUUAUGAUCUUCAGGAGCCAGAAGGUCUGUGCAAUCCAAACCCGUGCAAGAAUAACGGCGAGUGUGAGCAGAAAGGAAGGAGGAGAUUCAAAUGUGACUGCCCGAAACCUUUCAAGGGGAAGAGAUGCGGGCGAGGUCCAAAAAUCUGUAGGCGAGGGAUGUGUGGGCGAGGAGAGUGUGUGCUGACCUCGACCCGUCCGUUCUAUGAGUGUAAAUGCAAGCCGCCCUUCCAGCCUCCAAACUGCAGGACCUUUUCACUCUGCGACCCGAACCCAUGUAUGAACGGAGGGACAUGCACCAGGGACGGGAACGACUUUGACUGCCAGUGUCCGCCGGGGUACAAAGGACAGUUCUGCCAUGUUGGCCCUGAGGACUGCUUCCUAGACGACGGAGAGUCGUACCGAGGGAAUGUGAGUGAGACCGAUGACGGAGACGAAUGUCUUUACUGGAACUCUCACUUCAUCCUGGAUAGUGGAGUCGACCCGUUCGACUCCUUCGAGGACAAAGACGGACUCGGCCCUCACAACUUCUGCAGAAACCCGGACGGAGAGAAGAUGCCCUGGUGCUUCUUCAGGAGAGGACGCAACCUGCUGUGGGACUACUGUGAUAUCGAGGAGUGUCCUGACCCGACAGAUGUAGCACCAACUGAUGACGACCCUCCACCCCCUGCCCCCACGGUUCCAAAGCCCCAACCAGAGCCGACCCUCAAACCAACAGCACCCAAACCACCGACCCAGGCUCCCACCCAGGCUCCAACCCAGGCCCCCACCGAGGCUCCCACCGUGGCUCCCACCGAGGCUCCCACCGAGGCUCCCACCAUUCCUUUCGCCCCCGACACCACCAUACCAACACCGCAGCAGUUCGCCACCUGUGGUAAACCUGAGCCCAAGAAGUCCAUCACCAAGAUCUUUGGGGGUCUGAAGGUGGCUCCAGGUGGUAUUCCCUGGCAGGUGUCUGUGCAAGCAAGGCCAAAGAGCACCAACCAGCUGUUCAGGCACACCUGUGGAGGAGUUCUUAUUGAGAGCUGCUGGGUGCUGACAGCCGGUCACUGCAUAGAGCUGAGGAAGGACCUGCAGGUGGUGAUGGGGACUCUUUCUCUGGACACGAUUGAACCAACAGAACAAAUCGCGAGCGUCGAGGAGGCGAUCGUCCACGAGAAUUACAGAGAGACGCCGAGCGCUGUUUACAACGAUAUCGCUUUGUUGCGGCUGAGCGGUGCUAACGGAGUUUGUGCGAAUGAGACUCAGUUUGUGAAGGCGGCGUGUCUGCCCGACGGCCCGCUGCCCGAUGGGAUAGAGUGUACCAUCUCUGGAUGGGGGGCCACUGAGACAUCUAAUUACGGUUCCAACCACCUCCUGGAGGCCAACGUGAUGCUGAUCAACCAGGAGAAGUGCUCUGACGGCGCAGUUUACGGCAAAGCUAUGGAUAACUCCAUGUUCUGUGCCGGUUACAUGCAGGGUGGAGUGGACUCCUGCCAGGGCGACUCUGGAGGACCUCUCACCUGCAAUGACAACAACGCUCAUGUUGCUUAUGGGCUGGUGAGCUGGGGAGACCAGUGUGGGAAGAAGAACAAGCCUGGGGUGUACACGAAGGUCGUCAACUACCUGGACUGGAUCAGGUCAAAGACUCAGGCGUCGCCUGCAUAACAAAGCUUUAAUGCUCACAACAUGUCGGUGUGUGCAAAGAUGUAAUGAAAACCUCCUGAAAGCAAACACAACAUUUGAAUAAAAUGUGUUGUAAUGAUUGAA